AUGGGUGUUGGGGGUAAGGGGGGUAAUUGGGAUAGUUUUGUGGGGGGGGGAGGGGGGUAUGGGUGUGGGGGGAUAGGGGUUAAGGUGGGGGUAUUGGGGUGGGGGGGUAGGGGGUUAAGUGGUAAGGGUAUGGAUGAGGAUGGAAGAGGGUGGGUGGGCCUGGGGGGGGGGUGGGUGAUGGGGGUGUGGGGGGUGGGAAUGGUGGGGGGGUGGAGGGGGGGUGGGAAUGGUUGGGGGUGUUAA